AUGAGCACGUAUGGGACCCUGCUGAAGGUCACCUCGUUCGGAGAGAGCCACGGAAAAGCAAUCGGGUGCGUGAUAGAUGGGUUCCUGCCAAACGUGGAAAUAAAUUUCGACUUGAUACAGAGGCAGCUAAACAGGAGGAGACCAAACCAGUCGAAGCUAACGAGCAACCGAAAUGAGCCCGACAAAUUAAUUGUCCUUUCCGGUUUUGAUGAAAAUAAAACCUUGGGAACGCCAAUCACUUUUUUAAUUAACAAUGAAGAUGUAAUAAAAAAAAAUUAUUCCUCGUUCAUAGACAUUCCGAGACCCGGGCAUGGCGAUUACACAUAUUUUAAAAAAUACAAUGUGAAAAAUAAAAGUGGGAGUAGUCGUUUUUCCGGGAGAGAAACAGCAACCCGUGUGGCAGCAGGUGCUUGCAUCGAGCAGUGGUUGCACACUUUUUACAAUUGCACCAUCGUUUGUUAUGUCCAUUCUGUUGGGAAUAUAAAGUUACCUGAACAGGUCAGCAAAGAUUUUGAACGCAACCCGCCCUCGAGGGAUUUGGUCGAUGCGCAUGGGGCUGUCAAGUACCACCAGGGGAGGGGCACAUUCACCGACUUCUUCGGCAAUGUGUACAACGCUAAUGGGGAGUUCCUGCGCGGGGGGGAGGCUGCCCCUGAGGGAGCCACUCCCGCUGAUGGCACUCCCACCGAUGGCAAUCCCACUGAUGACCCCCUCGCAAACGCGCGUGAACGCUUGAGCGACCCGGGGGAGUGCACCCUGCUGCAAACGAGGUGCCCGCACCCACUCACGGCAGUAAAAAUAUGCUCGUACAUUUUAAAAUUAAAAAAAGCGGGGGACAGCAUAGGGGGAGUAGCCACGUGCAUUGCACACAACGUGCCAGUAGGAAUUGGAGAGCCAAUUUUUGAAAAAAUGGAAGCAGAAUUAGGAAAAAUUAUUCUUUCCAUUCCAGCAGUGAAGGGCAUCGAAUUUGGAAGUGGGUUCGAUGGGACGUACAUGCUCGGGUCAGAUCAUAACGAUUUGUUCGGCACGUUGGAUGUGCCAGAGGAGGGACCCUGUCAGAGGGGGUGGACUCUCACGGAUGCGCUUGACAGCAAAAGGGGGGAGGUGACACCAGGGGGGAGUCGUGCACAGGAGGGCACCUCUUUCGAAAAAGAUGCCUGCCAUCGAUCGGGUCAUCUCUCCAAUCUAUCGGGUUAUCCCUCCAAUGGAUCGGGUAAUCCCCCCAAUGGAUCGGACCAUCCCUCCAAUCGAUCGGGUAAUCCCCCCAAUCGAUCGGACCCCCGAGUCGACGAAUCGACGCGCGAAACUUCCCCUCCCAGUGGCGAAAAAUUACUUGUCACAACGAGUAACAACUGCGGAGGCAUCCUAGCGGGAAUUACAACAGGAAAUAAUAUUGUCUUCAGAUCGGCCAUAAAACCAGUAUCUUCCAUACAAAUAGAAAAGGAAACGUGUAAUUUUUUUGGAGAAAAGUGCAAACUGAAAGUAACAGGAAUGCACGACUGCUGCAUUUUGCCGAGACUUCCCCCCAUUAUUGAAGCCUCCACUAGUAUUGUAAUCGGAGACAUGAUACUUCGACAAGUGGCCAAGUAUGGCCAUAGCAAGCUUCCCUCUGUGGGGUCCCUCUCCCGCUCGACGAGGGAGUAA